GAUUUGGAUCACUGAGACCCAACAAAAUGUGUGUAUAUAAUAAUCCAUAGUUGGAAAAGAAAAAAAGAAAAAGUGACAGUCAGAAAGAGACUGGAAAUCAGUAGGAGUAUUAGUGAAAAUGAGGAGAAGGGCUAGUCAAGAAAUGGCUGCAAUGAUGAUUCCUAAUUUGCUGAUAUUAUUCUCAGUUGUGACUUCAUCAAUGGUGAUGAGAGUUUCUGGUUUCACAACAACAACAACAACAAGGAUCAUGGAACUUCAUCAUGAUGUUGAAGAGCAGCAGAAUCAGUACAGGAGAAACUUGCUUGCUAAUGGUCUUGGCUCGACUCCUCCUAUGGGGUGGAGUAGUUGGAAUCAUUUCGCCUGCAAAAUUGAUGAGAAAAUGAUCAAAGAAACAGCUGAUGCUUUGGUUUCCACCGGCCUUUCGAAACUUGGAUAUACCUAUGUUAAUAUUGAUGAUUGCUGGGCUGAAUUAGCGCGCGACAGCAAGGGUUCUCUAGUGCCUAAGAAGUCAACAUUUCCUUCUGGAAUUAAAGCUCUUGCAGACUAUGUUCACAGCAAAGGUCUUAAGUUGGGAAUUUAUUCAGAUGCUGGGUAUUUUACUUGUAGCAAACAAAUGCCAGGUUCACUUGGUCAUGAGGAACAUGAUGCCAAAACAUUUGCUUCAUGGGGAAUUGAUUAUUUGAAGUAUGAUAACUGUUUUAAUGAUGGAUCAAAGCCAACUGUUAGGUAUCCUGUAAUGACCCGAGCUCUAAUGAAGGCUGGCCGUCCCAUCUUCUUCUCCCUAUGCGAAUGGGGAGACUUGCAUCCUGCUCUAUGGGGUGCUAAGUUGGGAAAUAGCUGGAGAACUACUAAUGACAUUACCGAUACAUGGGAAAGUAUGAUCUCUAGAGCGGAUAUGAAUGAAGUAUACGCAGAGUAUGCAAGGCCUGGCGGUUGGAAUGAUCCUGACAUGCUUGAAGUGGGAAAUGGAGGGAUGACAAAAGACGAAUACAUAGUCCAUUUCAGCAUAUGGGCGAUUUCCAAGGCUCCCCUUAUUCUUGGUUGUGAUGUGAGGAAUCUGACAAAAGACACAAAGGACAUUAUUGCCAACAAAGAGGUCAUUGAUGUUAACCAAGAUCCACUUGGGGUCCAAGCGAAAAAGGUUAGAAUGGAAGGAGAUAUCGAGAUUUGGGCAGGGCCUCUCUCUGGAUACAGGGUAGUUGUAGUUCUACUCAAUCGAGGCCCUUGGCGUUAUACGAUUACAGCCAACUGGGAUGACAUUGGAAUCCCACUAGAAACUGUUGUUGAAGCAAGAGAUCUUUGGGAGCACAAGACACUGAAAAACCGAUUUGUUGGAAACAUAACAGCUACAGUGAACCCACAUGCCUGCAAAAUGUACGUGUUGAAGCCAAUUUCGUGAGAUUGCCACAAGUACAGCUUCUCCUCAACUAAAUUAAUGUCUGAUCAGCAUCUGAUCUCAUAGUUUUAAGACUCAGAUUUGUCUGCUUGACAAUGCUGCAAAACAUGAGUUGAAUAAAAAAGUUGAGGAAAGCUAUGCUUCUUGUUUCUUUAUUGUGUGCUUAUU